AUGUCUUCCACAACCGUUGUCAACAUGAUGUCCAUCAAAAACAUCAUCCACCACGAACCCCAAUAUAACAGACCUGCGUGGACCACACCCUUCUGGCCUCGUCUCAGAGACUCCCUCAUCGAAGACCCGAAGCUCUUCAACCAUCUUCAUCUCGAGUGCGGAAUCUGUCUCACUGGCAUGUCCAUCUUUCCCCACGACCACACCUUCAGUCCCGAUGAAGGCCUGACCCCUGAAAAGAAAAUGAUGUCCCACCGGGCUCGCAUUUUACCCUGCGGUCACAUGUUAGGAAACAAGUGUCUUCACACCAUGAUAGAUGAAGCCUUGAAGGACAUGGAAGACGGAGAAUCCCCAGAGAUCGCUUGCCCAUCUUGCCGUGUCGUCUUCUCACCUCACAGCGACUGUGGGCAUCCUCACUCAGGUAAGUUCAUGCCAACCACCAUGGAAGGCGUCUACGCAAUGCCGGCUACACUCGCAGAGGGUGGAGUUCUGUCGCACAGGUGCGGCGAAUGUCUAGCCGUGGAGAUAAUCUCUGUUGUCGCGGUUCUCGCUCCCGUAUUCACACCCCCACUGGACCUCACAGACAGAGAGACGCUCAUCACGUACGGCACUGGGGCGAAUCUUCAUUACUGGGCUGUAAACCUUGAAGAGAGCGCAAAUGUCUACGAUGAGUUUGUGCGGGAGAUUCCUUUGGGAGACGCGUUGCAGCGGGUCUGUGAUGAGAUAACGGAGCGUCUGGUGCAGAAUUCAAAAAAGAGAUGGUACUCUGAGGACUUUGCAGGGCUCAAGUUCAAGCUCAUGCUCCAGAGGGAUAUUCGUCCCAGAGCUAUGGAAUGUUGGGAAGCUGUCGAGGUUUUGGAAGACGGAGAAGCGAACUUUGACUUGAGAUUGAAUCUGGACUAG